AUCAGCCAGCUACAUACCUCAGCAAGGCUGCGGCCAUCGAAUACGUCUUCUGCAGGAGGUGGGGGAGGUUCCUGUCCUAGUCUGGUGUGUGUGUCAGCUCGAAUGUGGCCGCAUUGAAGGAUGAAUUGUAAUCACCUGGCGUAUGCAGCUUUCCAUUGCUCGUCUCGUCGCGCUUUUGCGAUCUCAAGCUCGUCUUGAGAAACAAAGCGGGAGCCUACGGUGCCCGAGGAUAUUGACGGGAUAUCUUCCAUGUGAGGUAGUUGGUGGUCGAGAGCCAAGAGCUAAGCGGCGUUAGCGAUUCCAAAUUGAGCACGGUCGGCCGGCAGUUCUGGCACUACUUUACAAUACACCCCACCAGUCGAGGUUCUAGUUAUCUCACCACCGUCACUCUUUUCUCCUUCCCUCCUCGCUGUUGAGCUUCAAUGGCUGCGACCCGCGAUGGUCAAACUCCCCCGCCGUCUGCCUCAGUGUCCAGCUUCUCAAGAUCUCAGACUCACAGCGUCCGCAGCGCCAGUCGUGCGUUGCCCUCCGGUAUCCGUACAGUGGUUACCGCUCCUCCUUGGGCUCGCGACGAACCCCCUUCUCCGUACGACCAGGAUGGUCCUGCACCAGGAUCAAAGGAGCACCUUUCCAACCAUGCUCGACCGUCUGCGGACGUCGCUUCAUUCCGGUCGUCCACCCCAGAUGACCCCACAGCAGGUCCAUCACGCUGGUGGGCCUUCACUCGUCACCGACCGGAUAUCUCACUCACAAAUCCUCUCUAUCCCCGACGAUCGCCGGACGAGGAGAUGACCUUACGAGGGAGCCAUUCGCGCGAUCGUUCCAAGUCUAUCGGCUGGCUUGCAUCCUCUAUAUCGCGUCGCUCACAAGAUGAUAGCACUCUGAAUGGUCGUACUGAAUCAGGAGGUUCACCCAGACUUGCUCGCCUGGCCUCUUCCUUUGGACAUCACCUGAAUCUUCCCUCGCCCGAACCUGUAAUGACCAUGUCCCAUAAUCAAACACCGGGAUGGGAUUCUCCCUGGUCGCCUAGAGCACCUGCGGACCUUGUGGCUCGCAUCACUGGGAAUGGGAAUGGGAACGGAUCUGCGGAAUAUGGAGACACAGAACGUGAUAAUGGGAAUCACGAGAAGGGUGGUAUCUGGGCACGACGUAAGAAGAAGUUUCGAGUAUAUAUCCUGACCAACGUUUACGUCCCUCUUCUCUUCCGUUUCGUCAACAUCACCUUUACCAUUGCUGCUCUUGUGAUGGCUGUACGAAUACGGGCAGUGGAAAAGCGACAUAGCGUGUUAGGCGCAGUCGGGGCAUCCCCUCAUAAUAUUUGCUCCUCUCACUCUUACUCACGUGAUGAUUGCGGUCUAUGUAAGUCGGUAGUACGAUUCACUGCGCUCGGAUCUCAUCUGUCACUGCAGUUAGAAUAUUUCGGGAGACCAUUAGGCCUAUGGCGUACCUCGGGCAAACUGGCACACACCCUGAUAGAAGUCAUCUUCAUCUGUGCUUGGUCCGCAGCGUUGGCACUGUCAUUCGACAACUUCUUCACCUCCGUCAUCCCCUGCGCGUCGUCAUCGAGUACCGCAUGGUAUAACGAGAUCCAACGCCCACCGCCUCCUCCGAACCUGAGCAGUGAUGUCGGGAAGACCAUAUGCUCUCAACAGCUGGCUCUUAUCUGCCUUGUCGGAGUGGGUCUCAUCAUGUACUGUUACAACCUUGUCAUCAGUCUGUUCAGGAUCUUCGAGAAGGUAAAGUAUCAUCCAGUUUCAUUGCCAGUAAGAUGACAGGUUGCAUCACACACAUCAAUGGGUCUCUUACUACCACAUUUUUCCUUCAUACCUUUCUGUUUGAAUCCAUGCAUGGCAUUUUGUUUUUACAUGAGACACAAGUCGAUUCGAAUUGCUGACAGAGUACGGACAUUGGAGAAGGUUUUUUUUUUUUCAUAUUGUCUAUUAUUAAACUAUGGCAUCUUACUAUCUACCCGCGACACCUGGAUCCUACCUUGUAGAAAUUAGUGUAUCAUCAUAAAUGAACGUCAUUUGGAUGUGAAAACUUCAUUG